AUGGUCGAGUCCCGCCAUGACGUCGAGCAGGGGCUCACCCCGCGGCUGAGCAAUGCCUCCUCCUCCUCCAUCUACUUCCCUCCCACCAACGGCAACGCCCCCACUGCCACCGCCGGCUCCAAGCAGUACAUGGCGCUGGAGCCCGUGGACGCCACGCACUCGUUGCGCACGCACUGGGACGAGAGCGUCGGCCACGGCGUGCGUCGCCUCGUGCGCACCAUGCGCCAGCAUGCAAAGGCGCCCUCCGUCUCGACCGCCGACAUGGCCGACAAGCUCCGGCACGACGCCAAGGACUCGGCGCGCUUCUACUGGCAGAACCUGCUCGUGUUCCAGCGCGAGAUGCUCUGCGGCGUGGCGGCCAUGCUGCUCAUGAUCCCGGAGACCGUGGCCUUCAGCUACGCGGCCAACCUGGACCCGCUCAACGGCCUGUACGCCACGGGCUUCCUCGGUCUGGCCGUGAGUCUGUUCGGCGGCGUGCCGGCCACCGUUGCCGGCGCUGCCGGUGCCGUGGCCAUGGUGAUGCCGACCAUCACGAGCGUCACCGGCUCGCUGGCCUACUUGACGUACGAGGAGCGGCUACAGCACCUGUUCGUCGCUGUGACCGUUGCAGGCGUGCUGGAGCUGCUGUUCGGGCUGCUGGGCCUGUCCAAGCUCUUCUCGAUGAUCCCUCGCACGGCGCACAUCGGAUUCCUGAACGGCCUGGCGCUCAUGAUGUUCAUCUCGCAGAAGACGACGAUCGAGGUGUGCAAGAACGACACGAUGCGCUUCGGGGAGUGCGAGAUCGCCGGCAACCUCGAGUGGAUGAGCGUGUCGUCGGCUACGACGUGGGUCACCGUUGCGCUGGUGCUCGUGACCAUGGCCAUCAUGCACUACUUCCCGCGGACGCCGUUCGUGGGCCACUUGAUCCCGCCCACGCUCGUGGCGGCGGUAGUCGGCGUCGGCUUCGAGUUUGGCAUCAACCGCCCACUGCUCGGCUACGACGUGCGCACUAUCGGCGAUACGUCUCCUCUGAACGGCGGACUGCCGACUUUCGCUCUCCCCAAGUUCGGAGACGUGCAGGACUGGGGCGUCGUGCUGUCUACGGCGGCGAGUAUCAUGGCUGUGGGACUGUUUGAGUCGCUCAUGACGUUGCAGUCGGUGGUGGACCUGAAGAAGGAGCAGCUCUCGCAGACGGCCACGCGCAAGGAGUGCAUCGCGCAGGGCAUCGGCAAUGUGCUGUGCGGGUUCUUCUCCGGUAUGGGAGGCUGCUCCAUGAUCGCGCAGUCGAACGGCAACAUUUUGAACGGAGCUCGCUACCGCUUGUCGUCGUUUAUGUGCGGAGUUUGUACGUUCCUGGUGGUGUUUUUCGCCAGUUCGGUGAUCGAGCGCGUGCCCGUGGCGUGUCUGACCGGCAUCCUGUUCGUAAUCGUGAUCCACACGUUCUACUGGCCGUCGCUCAAGCUCAUCUUCCGCGUCAAGAUCACGGACGCCAUCGCCAUUGUGCUCGUGACGGCGCUCGCGGCUGCGAUGAACCUGGCCAUUGCCGUGAUCGUCGGCGUCAUUUGGCAGUGUCUGGUGAACGGCUGGCAGAGCGGCCACUUACUCACGUUCCGCACGGGCAUGGAGGUGGUGCCUGUCGUGAACGCCCAGGGCCGCGCUGCAGACAACGAGCUGCUCACGAAUCACGAGGAGGCCAAGAUCUACUACAUCAAGGGCCAGCUGCUCUUCUCGUCGGUGGCCUCAUUCCGCGAGUUCUUCGACGUCCUCCAUGACCCGAACGUGGUCAUUCUCGACAUGUCGGACUGCGUGUUCGCCGACUUCUCGGCUGCUGCGGCGCUGCGUGAAGCUGCUAUGCGGUACCGUGACGCCGGCAAGACGCUGGUGGCUCGCAACCUCGACGCGCAGUCGCUGGACAUGCUGAACCAUGACUUCGGCUGGGACUCUGUCGAGAGGAUUCAGAUCGCGACGCCCGGUACGGCCACCAACGGCGACGACCUCGCCAAGAGCAAGAUCGACAAGGAGCGCGCUUCUCGCUACUCACACGGCUCGCAGGCGUCUCGUGGUUCGCUGCACCAGCUUCACAUUCCGUCGCCGUGCGAGUCGUCGACGCCCUACCGUCCUGCUACUGGGCCGUAA